AUGUUGUCUGAGUUGGAAACACGACCGGUUCUUGGUAAUAACGAGGGGUAUUAUGGUGAUGAAUUGGAGAAAGAAAUAGGGAUGUUGCUUCGCGACCAACGGCGACAAGAGGGCGGGCGACAAGAAGGCGAUGAUCGUGAUCGCGAACGGGAGCUUAAUAUAUAUAGGAGUGGAUCAGCUCCACCUACUGUGGAAGGUUCUUUGAGUGCAGUUGGAGGAUUGUUUGGCGGGGGUGUUGGUGGUGGUGGUGGAAGUGGUGCAGCUGGUUUUUCGGAUUUUGCUGGGAGUAAGGAUGUCAAUGGAGUUGUUUCGGAGGAAGAGCUUAGGUCGGAUCCAGCUUAUCUUUCGUAUUAUUAUUCGAAUGUGAAUUUGAAUCCUAGGCUUCCACCUCCGUUGUUGUCGAAAGAGGAUUGGAGGUUUCAGCAAAGACUGAAAGGUGGAAGCUCGGGUGUAGGUGGAAUUGGAGAUAGGAGGAAAGGUAAUAUGAGUGAUGAUAAUGGUGGUAGGGCAAUGUUUUCGACGCCGCCGGGUUUUAACUUUAGGAAGCAAGAAAGGAAUGAGGUGGAUGCUGAAAAACCAAGAGGCUCGGCUGAAUGGGGUGGCGAUGGUCUUAUUGGUUUACCUGGCUUAGGGCUUAGGAACAAGCAAAAGAGCCUUGCAGAGAUUUUUCAGGAUGAUAUGGAGCAGAGGCCUUCCUUCUCGUCCACAGGCCUUCCUUCUCGUCCAGCAAGUCGUAAUGCAUUUGAUGAAAAUGUUGAUGUCUUAAAUACUUCUGAAGCAGAGUUGACUCACGUUCAAGGAUCAUCUGCAACACAAAAUAUUGGUCUACCAACUUCAUAUUCUUAUGCUGCUGCUCUAGGAGGGUCUUCACUGUCAAGAAGCACUACUCCUGAUCCACAACAUGUUGCAAGGGCUCCUAGUCCAUGCCUCACACCUAUUGGUGGAGGGAGAAGUGUUGCUUCGGACAAGAGAGGGAUGAACUUGUCAGCAGGUGAUGAAAACCAUCUGCCAUCACAAGUUGAAUCAGACGUUGAUAAUCAUCAGAGAUACCUUUUUGGCGGUAUGCAGGGUGGUCAAGAUCAUGCAAAGCAACAUGCAUAUCUAAAAAAAUCUGAAUCAGGGCAUUUGCAGAAUUCGGUUAAGAGCAGGAGUGGAUCGGAUCUCACUAAUCUAUCUCUGCAUCGGCAGGUUGAUCUGCAAAACUCAUCCGCUCCUUCAAAUAACUCGUAUUUCAAAGGAUCGCCUACCUCCCAUUUUAGCGUAGGAGGUAAUUUGCCUGCUCAGUACCAGGGUAUUGAUGGUAUGAAUUCGUCAUUUACUAACUAUGGCGUAAGUGGUUAUGCCGGAAAUCCCGCUUUGACAUCCUUGAUGACUAACCAAUAUGGCACCAGUAAUUUGCCACCCUUGUUUGAAAAUGUUGCCGCAGCAUCAGCAAUGGCAUCCCCAGGAAUGGACUCGAGAUUUCUUGGAGUUGGUUUGGCUUCUGGAGCUGGUUCUCCUUCUGAUGUGCAUAGCCUUGGUCGGAUGGGAAAUCAAAUUGCAGGGGGCGGUCUUCAGGCUCCGUUUGUUGAUCCGAUGUAUCUUCAGUACAUGAGGACAUCUGAAUAUGCUGCAGCACAACUUGCUGCUCUUAAUGACCCGUCUGUGGACAGGAACUACUUGGGCAAUUCAUACAUGAAUUUACUCGAGCUUCAGAAAGCUUACCUUGGGUCUGUCCUCUCGCCUCAGAAGUCACAAUACAAUGUACCACUGGGUGGUAAAUCAGCAAACUCCAAUCACCAUGGUUAUUAUGGAAAUCCAGCAUAUGGGGUUGGGUUGUCUUAUCCAGGAAAUCCGAUGGCAAACUCUGCUUCUCCAGUUGCGUCUGGAAGUCCCAUCAGACACAACGAUCUAAACAUGCGUUUUGCUUCUGGAAUGAGGAACUUAGCUGGGGUCUGGAAUGGGAACUUAGCUGGGAACAUGGAUGAAAGCUUUGCUUCUUCUCUGUUGGAAGAGUUCAAGAGCAAUAAAGCCAAGUGUUUUGAGCUCUCUGAAAUUGCUGGACAUGUUGUUGAAUUCAGUGCGGAUCAAUAUGGGAGCCGAUUUAUUCAACAGAAGCUUGAAACAGCAACUACAGAAGAAAAAAACAUGGUUUAUCAGGAAAUCAUGCCACAUGCUCUUGUUUUGAUGACUGAUGUCUUUGGUAAUUAUGUGGUUCAAAAGUUUUUUGAGCAUGGACUUGCACCCCAGAGAAGAGAAUUAGCCAACAAGCUUCUUGGCCAUGUCCUGACACUUAGUCUUCAAAUGUAUGGUUGUCGGGUCAUCCAGAAGGCCAUUGAAGUUGUUGAUCUGGAUCAGAAAAUAGAGAUGGUUCAAGAGCUCGAUGGUAAUAUCAUGCGCUGUGUACGUGAUCAGAAUGUUGUGACACUCUCUACCCAUCCAUAUGGUUGUCGUGUGAUACAAAGAGUACUGGAGCACUGCGAAAACCCUGCAACACAGCAGAAAGUUAUGGACGAGAUUUUAAGUUCUGUUAGUAUGUUAGCUCAGGAUCAGUAUGGCAACUACGUUGUUCAGCAUGUACUGGAACAUGGGAAGCCUCACGAGCGUUCUACUAUAAUAAAGGAAUUAGCAGGGAGGAUAGUUCAAAUGAGUCAACAAAAGUUUGCCUCCAAUGUUGUGGAGAAAUGCUUGACCUUCAGUGGUCCUUCAGAACGCCAAAUACUAGUCAGUGAGAUGCUUGGAACCACGGAUGAAAAUGAGCCUCUUCAGGCAAUGAUGAAAGAUCAGUUUGCAAAUUAUGUCGUCCAAAAGGUGCUGGAAACAUGUGACGACCAUCAACGUGAGCUGAUUCUUUCGCGAAUCAAAGUUCAUUUGAAUGCAUUGAAAAAAUACACUUAUGGAAAGCAUAUUGUUGCACGUGUAGAGAAACUCGUUGCUGCUGGAGAAAGAAGAAUUGCUGCUCAGACACCACAACCUGCUUAG